AUCACCAGCUGUCAACGGUAAAUAAACAAUAAUAUGUUCGUCUAGUUCGCUGAUACUUUCAAUCAUAUAAUUUUUAGUUCUCCGAAGAUGUAUAAGCUUUUACUUGUAAUUUAAGUUAGUUUUUAAAUGUGAAAGUUCGUGCCUCACAAUGCUGUCUUCAUUUUCUGAAACGAGAUUCGGCGGAUCGACAGGUUUCAACGGAGGAGUAGGAAUGGAUUCUACGGGAUGCCUGACGCGACGCAGCGCUUGGUUGCACGAGUAUCGUGACUUACAGGCAAAUGUAAUGUCGGUGGAUUGGACCGGAUCGUGGAUUCUGCUAGCCGGAAGAAGACAACUGGCUCUUCAAUCGAUGCGUGACUAUGAGAUCAGUUGUGAAUCUGCCAGUGCAGCAGGCUCAAGGGAGGACUGUAGCGGAGGUCCGGGUGGCUUAAGUAAGUUUCCGAGACUUUGGAAAUACGAGGUGUCUGCCGCAGAAUGGGCUAUAUGCCAGAAUAGCCAAGAGUAUUGUGCGAUUGCCACCAGUCAGACGAUUGAGGUAGUUACAUGGAAAUCCGGGCAACCUACGUUGAAACAUUCUCUAAGAGCCCACACUCGUAUGAUAACCGACAUUGAUUGGCAUUCAAAGGUACCCCAUUUGUUGGCGAGUUGUUCGAUUGAUACAUUCACUCAUUUGUGGGAUCUUAGGGAUCCCCGAAAACCAGUGCUAUCGCUAAACGCGGUUUGCAUGUCUGGUGCCAGUCAGGUAGGAUUCAACCGGGUGUCCGGUAAUUUAGUAGCGACUGCACAUGAUGGAGAUUUAAGAAUUUGGGAUCAGAGAAAAGGUUCUUGUCCUAUCCAGUAUAUAACAGCUCAUCUCUCACGAAUCCAUGGAAUUAACUGGAGUCACGAUCAUGAAACCAGUCUGUCGACCGCAAGUCAAGAUGGAACGGUGAAAUACUUUGACAUUAAUAAUCCUAGAAGAGCAGAGAAGAUUAUUACGACCUCAUGUCCAGUGUGGAGGGCGCGUUACACGCCAUUUGCAGAUGGGUUGGUAACAAUUAGCGUUCCUCAUCAGGGCCGAGGUGAACACAGUUUGUUGAUGUGGAACAACUCUAAGCAGGAUGCUCCCAUUUGCUCACUGGCGGGACAUACUGAUGUCGUUUUAGAUUUUGCAUGGAGAAGGAAUAGUUUGGUGAAUGCAGAUCCGGAGCUUAUUACAUGGUCUAGAGAUCAGACACUGAGAGUAUGGCGAAUAGACGAAGAAGUUCGGAAACUUUGCGAACGCUAUCCACCGGAAGACGAUGAUGGGUUGAUUAUUGAGGAAGGUACUGCCCUAAAUAAAGUUAGCUCAGGAAACUGCAUGAAAAGUCCGACUCGUGAAAAGCAACCUUCAGUUUCGUUGCAGCAUGAGUUUUCAUUGCUGAAUCCCAAUAUUCCACAUAUAGACAUCGAAGUGCUAGAUCCAAUCAAACGAACAGCUACCGUACGAAUCUCGGUUAACGGUUAUGUUAUUAUGCUGCAAGUAAACUUUCCACAGCUUUAUCCAAACAAUGGGGUUGGACCGGAGUUCGUUUACUGCCAGGGAACUUCGUUGGACGAUAAUCUGUCGGUUACGUUGAUGAAGGUUCUUCGUAUGACGGCAAGUCAAAGAGUUCGAAAAAGUCGAACUUGUUUGGAGCAGUGUUUGCGAGCGUUGGUCACUCAAUUGAAAAAAUCGUCCAACAAUGGUGAUAAGCAUCUACGUCUGCAGUCACCUCGACUUGAGGGUGCACUGAGCAGUGCUCUACACGAUGCUUGCAUCCCCUUCCCGAAAACUUCUGGCGCUCGGUUCAGUCAAGUUGGAAUACUGGUUACGUUUUCUAGACCGCUGAAUACUAAGCGAAUAAGUCUAAAGCAUCAGAACACAACUCCCAGAGCUCUGUCUGCCCUCAGUGGUGGCUAUUUGGGAAAUGUGAUGGGUUCUCAGCCUAUUCUGUACGCCCAUCGGGAUCCAAGUGCGUCGUCAUUCUAUUUGCACGAUAGGAAAUCCUCGAGAACCCGCGGAACUGUACCCAAAACAUCCGUUGCUAUGGUUAACGUUUAUGAUAUUUCUAAAAUUCUUUACGUUAGUAAGGAGCUCGCGGAAAAUUAUAUCCUUAACACUUCAAAUAUUCCAGCUAUGUGCUAUCACAAUAAACAGGUAGCGGAGAAGUAUGGCCGACCGGACCUGGUUCAGUGCUGGUCUCUAGCGGAAAUGAUUGCCCAGCCAAAUACGGACUUCGAUACCGAUGAUGAUAUGCUUUGCUCCCAGAAUCCAUUCGCCAAAAGCCUGCUGGAGUCAUUGAUUAAUCAUUUUGCAAAGAUAUACGACAUUCAGACGGCGGCAAUGCUGUGCUGUGCCUUUGGACGCCACUGCCCGUCUGCUUAUGAGCUUUCUAGGAGCUCUAGUUCCAGCAGCAAAUCUGCCAAUCAAAGUCACAUACUUAGUGGUCUUCGCAAAAUCAAGCCUAGCGGUUCCCCGUACCACACUAUUCUUCCGGUGGAAAGUACCAAUUCCAACGCCGUUUGGAGUCUGGCUCAACAGUUAAAGCAUCUACGGAGCAACUCGUGGUCAGACUCGUUGGACGAUUGUCGAAUCGCCGGGCUGGGAGACAUUAAUCGCAGUCUGCUUGGAGACACCAACCGUUAUCUGUACGAUAAUUUCAAACGGUCUUACGCCGAGAUGCUGUAUCGUUGGAAUUUACUGGUUACACGUACCAAGGUGCUGAAAUACCUCUCCAACUAUGUUGAUCCUCCUCGUUGUGUGGAGUUUGUUACGGAAUGUUUACACUGCUGCCGGAUUGGGUCACCAGCGUGCUCGUUAUGUCGGAAGCUGGUACUUUAUUGCACACUGUGUCGACUGCCGGUUCGAGGGGCCGCAAAUGCCUGUCUGAAUUGUGGCCACGGUGGUCAUACUGAGCAUAUGCGAAUCUGGUUUGAGAAAUACGACGAGUGUGCCACCGGCUGUGGAUGUCAUUGUUUGAAGAAGAGUUCCGCGCUGUGUGAUAUGAACUGAUUUGUUAAAUUUGUUUACUGGAGAAAUAUAUACAUAUUAAAAUAA